AUGGCCAGAGUACCAAGCACUGCUCUGCCGAGGGGGCAGGAAGUCUUGAUUCAAUCAGGCACCACUGUAUUCGCUCAUAUUGAGAGAUCAUAUCUGCUUCACCGAGAGGCCAUCAAGUCCCAAUUGCAGGCAGCCAAGUCUAAAGUGCACUUCAGCAUCGAUCUGUGGUCGUCACCGCAUCGCAAAGCCUUUCUCGGAAUCUGCAGCCCAUGGGUGGAUGACAACUAUGAGCUACGUGAAGCACUUUUGGGCCUGCCAAACAUAAGGCACAACCACUCAGGCGAGACGAUGUCCAUACACCUGCUGGACACGAUACAACACUUUGGCAUUGCGGACAACGUCGGCUACUUUACAGCAGAUAAUGCCACCUCUAAUGACACUUGGAUGAGCGCUCUGUCGAUGUCGCUGGCGAGCGAGUUCGGCGUUGAAUUCCACCCGACCGAGCGUCGCAUCCGAUGCGGAGGGCACAUCAUCAACUUGUGUCUUCAGGCGUUUCUGUUCGCUUCUAGCAAAGAGGCUCUCUGCGCAGCGAUUGAAGAGGCAGACAGAAGCAUGGAUACAACAGCAGUUGAGUACCUACAAGAGCAGUUGCGGCAAAGGGCUGGCAAGGGUAGGCGCUGGAAGACAACAAAGGACCAAGCCGGGUGGCGAUCCAUGAGACCUCUUGGCAAGCUGCACAAUAUCGCUGUGUUUAUCCGAAGCUCCACAGUGCACAGCGAUGCUUGGCACCACCUAGCAGGCUGCGCACUCGGCAUCGACAAUGCGACGAGAUGGAACUCGUGGUAUAUGCUCCUUCGGAACGCACUGGACAAGAAGGACAAGCUGAUGAUGUUCCAGCAAGAACAUCACAAGGCUCUUGGCGAUGAUUGUCUUACACAGGAAGAUCGGGACAUCCUGCGAUUAACGGCAGACUUUCUGCAGUCAUUUUGGCAAGCUACUCUAGCGCUGUAA